CGUUUGUUGCCCGUGAAGGAUGCCUUCUGCCAACCCUAAACUAGAAAAACAGGCCUCUACGGAGGCCACCGACCCAAUACGCCAAGCCAUAAUCGUUAUCGAGCACAAGAUAAGGAAUUUGGAGAAGCGUAAGGGUAAGCUAGAGGGGUACAGGGAUCUCCAGAAGAGCGGCAGGGAGCUGGACAAGGACCAGAAAACAGCUGUCGCUAAGUAUGAUGAGGUUCUACAGACACUGGACAUCACGAGGGAUUUGUACAAGGCGAUUGUUGGAAUUGCAAAUGACUCUGUUAAACAGCAGAAAAAACUCGCGAGGAAGGAGGCUUUGGAGAGGACGCAGCAGGAUAUUGCCAAGGUUCGAGAGGUUCUCCUAAUCCAAGACAUCCUGAACAACAUCGGUGCUGAAGUAGCCCGUGAGGAUUUCCUCUCGGGCAGUAACGGUGCGACAAAGCUGACCGAGGAAGACCUAAAGUUCCUGGACGACCUCUACAACGAGAUAACAGCAAAACGUCACCCAGAAACCCCGGACACACCGUUCCCCCAGCAACUCCAGAAAGCGGCCGAGCACUACAUCGCGAUAAUCGAGGGUAAACAGAGAGAAUUCGUGGGUACAACCUACCUGAAGCUGAAGGAGAUAAUAACAUCAGUGAAUCAAUGUGGUUACUUCGACCAGGCGCCAGUGCAGGAAACUGAGACGACGAUUGAAGUGACAACUGAAACUGUAUCUGAACUACGAGUCAAUGAUGCACCAGAGACGACUGAUGACUACACAACAGGCGAUGUACACAUUCCACCCCCCGAAUCAAUGAUCCCAAUGCCCAAUUUUCCAGUUCAAGUGACACCAGUGCCAGUUGCAACAGCCCCAGGACCAAUUCCAGUUGUUCCUCAGGCCAUUCCCCCCCAUCCAGCCCCAGUGGAUGCAAAUUACUACGGAAAUACAGGGGCAUUCGUGCCACCCCAGAGCCAAACACAGCCACCAGCACAAGCUCAACCACCUCGCAUCAACGACGUCAUCGGUGGUACCCCAAAUUUCUUUUUCCUACAGGAGUCUGAACUCGAUGCACCUGAGGUGAGCAGUCAACAGCCCAUUGUAACACACAUUCCACCAGUCAAUGCACCCAUACCCACCCAGACAUUCACCAAUCAGAGCUUCAGUGGGGCACCAGUGCAAGUGCCACAGCAGGUGAUUUAUUCUCAUCCACCGCAGGACAUCAGUCACAUUCCUGGAUUUGCCAAUCCAAAUCCACCACCGCCUAUACCUAUGCCACCGUCACAUCAGGGGAGUAUGCAGUACAGUCCACAGCAUCCAGCUGGAUAUCAGGGACAGGGGAUCCAGGGGUAUGAGGGGGUCAGUGAGGCUGAGGCACAAAUUCCUGGAGAGGAUAAGGGUGAGCAACGCCAGGAAGAUCCAUCAGUUGUGACAGCAGAUGUGGAACGCCCGAACGAAACGGUGGACUGGUGCCAGAUGACCGACAACACUCCGAUGAAUGAGUGGAAUUCAGCGGACGUUGACCAACAACAAUCAGGCCAGCAGGAGUCGCAGAGUGGUCAGCAGGCGUGGGGUGAGCAGCGAAGUGGUUACCGAGGUCGUGGGGGAAGACGAGGCAAUUCCAAUGGUUACAAUGGCAGGGGAAGGGGAUCAAAUGGCGGUUAUCAGCAGAAUGGACGCGGAUCUGGUCAAGCCAACUACUACCGACACGAGAACAACUACCAAAACGGUUACCAACGGAAUUACCACAAUGACGGUAACACCGGCGGUUACAACGGCAACUUCAAGCGUGCUGGUGGUGGUGGCGGCACAGGAGGAGGAACUGGUGGCUCUCGAGGUGGCCCAAGGGCCGGCGAACGCACGGGAAUGGAUCGAGGCCGUGGGGGACAAUUUCGUGGUCAGAGAGGAGGCAAUCGUGGAGGAUACGCACCACGCAGCAACAAACCGCAGGCGCAACAGUAAUUUUCACCAAUGCAACGAGUAAUGAAUAACACAAACGUCUAAAUACAGGAAAAAAAGUUGAAAAAAAAAAUACACACACAGUCGUAAUUGUACCACCGUCAGACCUCGGUGAAUUCGUUUGAACCCAAAAUUUCCAAAACGUCGACUCUUCCCUUUCAUUUGACAAAUUUGCGGGCAAGAUUAACGAGUAUUAUCUACUUUUUUUUUUAAUGAUAAAAUGAUCUAGACUUUUGAAUUUUGAUUUAAACGAAUUACUGAAUUCAAUGAAUGAACGAGUUACGCACUCUCUCAUCGUUUGAUAGGUGAAACAAAGUGAUGACACGAUAGUGAUAACGAAAAAAAAAAGAUAAAAUACGGCGACAAUUGCUGGUGUAUUGAACGAAUUGAGAAUUGGCUGAAUUCAGCGAUGUUGAAACUAAUGGGAAAAUGAUGAAAUAAUUAAUGAAACACCACGCAAGUAUUAUUGUGUUGUGACAGAAGGCAGUUUUCACAGGGCAACAACAGCUAAUCAACAAAGAUUAGGGAAAAAAUGAAACAAAUUAAUAACUUUAUUAUAUUAAAAAAAAAUCUAAAAGAAUGAUAAUACAAAGUGAAUGAUAAGAAAACACGCAUUUCAAAAAAAGUAAAAAAAAAGUAAAAAAAGAGAAAAUAUAUAUAAAAAAAAUGAGGACAUAGACACACGUGCGCGCAUUAAACUUUUGAUUGAGAAACGUAUUAAUGUACAUCGAUUUAACAAACGUGGUUGGGGGUGUAGGCACACGUGCGAUUAUUCCGAACGUAUUCACACGUGAAUUAUUGCUAUCUGAGAAUAUUUAUUUUUGAUUAAUUCAGUGGGGAAGUAAUGAAAUGAAUUUUUUUUUUAAAUUACUCAAUUUUUCUGUGAAUUUGUUUGAAUGCAUAAGAGAUAGGACAUUUUUUGCGGAAAUCUUUCUUACAAAAAUUGAUUCAUCUCUCUUGGAUUCAGAUAUUUCUAUCAAGAAGAGUAUUCUGAAAUUUAUCAAUCAAGUGAAUACUAAUAGAAUUAUUCAAUUUUACGUGUUCCCACUGAAUUCAGUGAGUCGAUAAUCAUUGAUAUUGAUUGAUUAAACAUGAUUAAGCAUUGCAAUUUUCCCAGCAGCCUCUCAACAUUUGAACAAUCCACUCAUUAUUCAUUCUCUAUUAACUCAAUGGUGGACUGAUAAAACGAAAUUUAUCGGUUUUUCAUUCAUUGGUUUUUGUUGAAUAUCUUUAAAUCCACAAGAGAUGACCUUUUUUCUAGAAAUCGUUUUUUCAAAAAAUACUGCAUCUCUCACAGAUUCAGAGAUAUAACUGAACAGAUGAAUAAAAAUCCACUUUCCACUGAAUUUAAUGAGACAAUAAACAUUGAUAUUGAUCGAUUAAAAAUGGUUAAGCAUUGCAAUUUUUCCAGCCACACCUCUUCGUCCAAAGGCCAAUGAAAACAUUUUAAUGAAUGAAAUCAAGAAUUAUGUCGCUCAUCAAAACAAAUAUUCUCAAGUUUUGAGUGUUAUUUUUUUUCCAGUUGUACGUAGGAAUAUUCGUGCCACCUGAUUUUGUUUUUUCACGGAGGACAUUACGUUCAUUUAUCACGAGAAAAAUUUCAAAAUAUGGGGAAUACGGAGAGAUUUGAUACAAAACCCGCGGCGUUUUAGAAUGUAAGUCGAGUAAAAUGUACAAUUUAUCACGGAGGAAGUAGUUGGAAUGCGCCAAGUUCGUAAAUAAUAAAAAAUCUAUAUUUAAAAAAAAGAGUGAAAAUCGUGCUCAUCGCCGUUGCACGUGACGGAGCAUGAGGGAAUGACGAGAUAAUAUGUGAAAUAUGUACCGUAUUGUAUUUUGUUUGUACAUUUGUGUUUAAUCACUCCUUUGUUCUUUCCUCCCCCUUGUUCACUUUUAUUAUUGAUUCAUUGCGUUCGAAUCGUUUUUACGAAUUACCUAUGUAUCUUCCAAAAAAAAUAUCAACUACGAAUUUCUCCCCCCUGCUAUUAGCCUACUAUCACGCUCGGUGUGAAAAAAAACAUGUUCGCUUAGUUCUUUAAGAUGUUCUCAAGAAAAAAAAAUGAAGAAAAAAACGUUUAAAUAAAUAACAAAUUGCCAGCAUUCA